AGUCACAAGUCGGGCGAUCCAUGGACUCAGCAGAGAUUUCAUCUGUUGAUGAAAUUGUUCCCUUAUGGGAACGACUUUGUCGUAUACGGACAGAGAUGGAGCUAGGAGUUACGUGGUACGUCCACUGCAGUCGUCAUUUCUUUUACCCACCAGGGGAAGCGCAGACAAAUACAGACGAGUGCGGACUGAGCGGCUACUGGUUCCACAGUAUGGCAGAGCUUCUGGAUAAGGUCAGGGAUAGCAUGCAUGACUUGGCUUCUGAUGGGGGAGGGGAGGGGACAGUAGCAGUGGAAGGAGGAGGAGGAGGAGGAGGAGGAGAGGAUGUGAGAAGAAGGGAAGUAGUGAGCAUGACGCUUCGAUCGCUGCUUGAGCUGUCUCAGCAGAACAUUGCCUGCUGCUGGCACCGGGCUGGCUCGGAGGGGAUGGUGGCAAGUCACGUGCAGGAUCUUCCCCAGACUAGCCGCUGCAGGCACGACGUGGAUGCUGGGAUAGACUUUGCUCGUGAGCAAGGAUAUCUUACAAUGCUGCAGGUGAUCAAGUGCUCUGCACUUGACACUGAACACAUCAGGCUUGCAGCUCAGAUCGUCGCAGGCUUUGCGUCAGGUCUCUCUGUGCUCCCUUGGCAACCCCAUCAGAGGCUACAUGGUGAGCAUUGGAUCCUUGGCAUGCUGUGUGACGACGACUUUACGUACUGGACGAAGAACCUGGUUCGAACCUUGGUUCAGCUGGUGCAGCGGCGUUGCGUUGCUGAGGAGGAGCUCACCCCAUCCGCCAUAGUUGCAGGCACGCGGGGGGAGGAUGUGAAGCGGCGCCCACUCCAAAAGGCAGCCAUGUCGGCGAUCUGUUCCUUGGCAAAUGCAGCAAGUGAUAUCCACGCGCACUACCAUGACCACCUUCGCCUUCGAGGGAUAGCGGAAGGGAGGGAGGAGGGGGAGGAGAAGGUGUUCCUACAGGGGGAGCUGGCAUACUCAAGCAGGCCAAGUAACACCGUCUCUCCUAAGAGUCCUAAGAGUCCUAACCAACUCGGCAAGCGGUACCUGUCUUAUGCCAGCAGACUCAGCAACGGCUUCACAACGCUUUGUCCUGUUGGCUGGAUGCUAGAGUCGGAGAUUCCGGACUUCACUCAAGCGAGCACUGUCUGGGCUGAAUGUGUCAAGUCUGUCUUGACCGAAGAGAGCACUCUCGACAUUCUGCUUGCCUGGGUGACCAGUGUGCCAAACGAUUCUGACAAUAUCGCUGCCGAUUCCCUCAGAAUUCUUGCUUCUCUGUGGUCCUGUAGGAUGAUAAGCUGGCAUCGAUUCGACCAACGUCUGCCGGCUGAUUUCCCUCCGCCAAUGGAUACGAUAAAAGCUGGCACUGUUCGGGACAGACUGAAGCAGCUGGUCUGUCGCUGCAGCAAGCACGAUCCGAAAGCUCUGUCAUCAUUCUCUAAGCUUCACUUGGCGAAGAUCCUUAUCUCUCAGAACAUCAGAGGCCUCGACAGUGAUGUCACUGAGAUUCUUCUCCAAUGUCUCUGUUUUUGGAGAUUGGCUCUGGGCAAGAGGGAUAUGGAUUGGUUUGCCUGCGAGACGAUGGAAACACUUCGCGACCUCCUGACCACUUCCAAUGAACCUGACAAGCUCAGGUGUCUGAUCUUUGCAUCUCCAGGCGGGGAAAACUGCCUUCGGUUGAUGCUCAACGGGGAUGUUAGUCGCUUUCUAUCCGUCAGAUUCUUCGAAGAAAGAGCACUAUUCAACCACAAGCUCUCACAAUACAUGCUGAAGAACGAUUGGAAGAAACCUUGGGCAGUAGAUGCUGAGGUUGAUGUUGCUCGUUGUGUGGCGACUGCAGCUGCUCUCUUCGGUGAUCUUCUGUGUUUGAACCCGAAACCGAGCCAACUCAGCCAAGUAUCCCCCUAUCUUGACACGGUCCGGGGUGCUCCCGUCAUACGAACACUGUAUCAGAGCUUAUGUUCCAUCGUGGACACUCCGGACAUUCAGCAGAGAGUGACCGAUAAGCAGAGCACCACAUUCCCCCCUUCCUUCAUAAGCUCUUUCACUGAAGCCUUGGCAUCUUAUAAUCUCUUUCCUCGCCUCGUCCUUCUCGUCUGGGAGUCGCUCGGGAACCCCGGCUGGCGGCCACCGUUCGGGCUUUUUGAUGACAUCAACUCUGUUCUUAUUGACGCUUCAGAGAACAGGAUGGAGUACUUCGAGAGAUCCGUUAAUUGUCUUCUAGGAAUGCGAAAUGCAACUCGAGUUCUCCACCUCUUGCUUGCUCGUCAUCAAGUGCUCGUUAGCUCCGAUCUUCUCCCCACACUGGUCAGGCUACUUAUCAUACCUUAUCCGAAACUGCAGAGACGGUUGGGACUUCAGAACUGGGAAAGAGAGGUCCAUUACCAGAUCAAGGAGCACGUUGCCGACAUGGUGAUGUUGGUUCUUCCAAGACUUGAGAAAGAUCUCAAGGGCCAGGAUGGCCCAAAGCCGUUAACCAGCACAACACUUUCUGUCUUGAGCGAGCUCCAACUAUGGACAGCCAAGGAAGAUCAGAUGGACAAGGAGAAGAGGAGGAGAGACAUAGAAGGAGGAACGGGUUGUGGUCCCAAGGUCCAGUGCCUCCUCAAUCAUCUCAAUGUCAUUCAAGGCUUGACUGGCAUGGCAAUGGCUCAACAAUCGCCCACCAAGGUGAUAAAGAUGGCUACCACCAUAGCCAGAGAGGCAAAAUUAAAGAUCAAUGUUGAGGGGGAAGGAGAGGAGGAAAUGCGAAAAGAUCAGAGACUGAAGGAGGCUAUUACGGAGGCUAAGAACAGAGCUACAAGGAGGUGCCGAAUGGAUGGGGUUACGAUGGAGAUUCAGGUGACGGUCUCAUGUCAUGAGACCGAAGUUUCCUCUGGAACGACAAGGCGGGAACAGCAAGACCUGGACCACGACUCAGAGGCCAUACUGAAGCCGCCAGUGAAGCGAGCUAUGCCGAAACGCAGUCCUGGCAUGGACUAGAGCAGUGGCGACGGGACCACCUGCCUACUGAGCCUGUGGAAGACGGCUCGGAGGCCAACUCGC